ACCAGUCUUAGGUGAGAGAUGGGACUUCGGCCUGGGCCCUGAAAAAUGACUGGCACCAAUCCAAUGGAAGUAAAGCAAGCCUUUGAGAACUAGGACCUUAAGUAAAUUCAUUUACCUCUUUGACCUUAUUUUCUUAUUCAUAUUUACCUGUUGGGAUUUAUUUUGAAGAUGAACAGAUUGGACCAGAUGAUUUCUACCCUUUGUUUCUAUGAAUUGAAAACCCGGUAUUUACAAGAUAUGUGUAGGAUAUUGUGAGCAUUAGCUUGAUAAGUCAGAGGCUGAAAUGAGGCUGAAAUCAAGAUAAGACAAUAAUGGCUGGAGAAGUAGCACAUGAGCUUUCUAGUCUUUUGUUCCUUGUGUUCCUAAUUUUUUUUUUUUUUUUUGUUAUUGCAUCAGGAAAAAUAGCAGUGUGCUUAUAUAUAGUAAAUACAAAUAAAAUAAUGCAUCAGGGCUACAGCUAGAAUUGUUUGCUGAAUUAUUACUUAUUUCUCUCCCUUUGUAUUUUUUGUCCAAUUAAAUUUUAUUUACAUAUUUAUCUUAAAUAAAUUUCAUUUUUUAUUGCUAACGCCUCCCCGAUGAUUAGUUCCAACGUGUCCUGUUCAGAUCUUGUCGGCACGCUGUCUCUCCCAUAUCCUCUACCAUGAGCACAGGGCCUGGCACCUAGAGGGGCUUCCUGUUAAUUGGUCUCUAAAAGCAGAGUGCAACUUUUGUCAAAUAUUUAGUAUCAGUAUUUUUUGAAUUAAAAAAAAUUUAGGAGAGAAAAUAUUGGUGGUGGCGAGAUGGACCACUAUCCCCGCCCGCCCCCCCCAGCCAAAAAAGUUAAGCCCCGUGCCCGGCAUCCUGAGUCUGUAGCCUUCAUUCUCCCAACGUCACAGGAGGGGGAGGGGGAGCCCUCCCUAUGGUGGGAAUGCCGCAGCAGGCGCUGGAGUAACCCUAACGGGGCGGUGGGGGGGAAAGGGGGAAUAUAGUGGGGAGAGAACCACGCCAGGAGGAGCAUCCAGCUACCCGAGCAGCAAAAGGAGGAGCGGAGGAGGUCCAAGCUGCUCCCAGAUGGGAAAGGCGCCACCCUGGUAAGAUGUGAGCCCCCUUCUCUGGAGGAAUCCCAGCACGUGCAGAUCCGGAGACGCCCCAUUCAUUCAUCACAGACCACGUGACCUCAGGCAUCCCCGCAGGUGGUGGGAUGGGCCCUGCCCCGUAGGAUGGGGAGCCCCCCCUCUCUGGAGGUAUCUCGGCACGUGCAGAGCGUGUGCCUCCCCGGGCAUCCAUCCCGGACCAUGUGACUUCUGGCGUGCCCGCAGGUGGGGCAGAAAGCCCCCCUCCCUGGGGGUUCCAGGAGAGACCCAAAGCCCACUCUAGGGGGAGGCCACGGAUGCAACAACGCAUGCGCGGGCACAGCCCGCCCCAGACGCCUCUGCGAGGGGAGACGGGCACCAACGGUCACGGGUGUCGCGCCCGACGUCUGCUCUCACGGCCCGCUCGAGCCCAACUGUCGCCCGCGCCCGUCAGGAGCCUCCGACUCCAUUUUCCAGAAAGAGAGCGUUAGGGUGGGGCGCAGUGGGCGGUGUCGCGUUCCGUUGCCCGCGCCGCAGGAUUGGCGGAAGGGCGGCGAUAGCUCCGCCCCUGAACCGCUCGGCCCCGUCCGGGCCAGAGCUGGGCAGAGCCGCGUUCUUAAGGUCUCUGUGGAGCUGGGGCGGGGCUGGGCAGGGGCGUCUGCGCAUGCGUCGGUGCACCCGGGCCCCGGCGGCGCAACUAGGCAAGGGGGUCGGUGACGUCAAUGACCGGCGCCCACGUCGUGGGUACGCGCUUCCGCUUGGCGCUGAGGUGGUGUCAAAAGCCUGCGACGUUGCCGUGGUGGGGCUCCUGGCGUCUGAGGCUGAGGCUACGGCGGGGACAGCGACUGCCUGGGCUACAGCCUGAGCGGCGGCGGCGGCGGCGGCGGCAGCGGCAGCAGGAGCAGGAGCUGGGGCUGCGGGGGCAGCAGCAGAGGCGGCGCCUGUGGCAGUGGCACAGGCGGUUCCGGCUGGGGCUGCUGCUGCGGUUCCGGCCUCCGGCUUCAGGCCUGUGUUGGCCUCCGCGGUUUCCGCGCCGGCCUGUUAUGUACAGAUGGCUGCUUAGUGUCCUCCACUCGGUUUUCCGGAGGCCGCGCGGCCGCCCCGAACUCGCAGCCCGACCCCUGCUCAAGAGGAGGCUCUCGGACAGAACUCCAGCCACUGAUGAAAUACAAGCCAAAAGACCACGGUUAGAUUACUUGUUUCACCGGGUCAAGAAGAGCGUCUGGGAUAUCACCAACUUAUUUGGCACUCCGGUCCACCUCAGCCCGAGGUGCCCGGAGGCUAGUGGCUGCAAUGGCGCACACACUGGGAGUUCUCCCAGAGAGGUAUUGCCCAAACGUUCAUCUCCUAAAUUGACAAAAUCUGGACCCUCUAGAGAUGUGCUUACAUCGGGUAAUAAAACACGAAAUGGAGCAAGUAAACAUUCAAAUAAAGUGAGUCGAGAUCACCGACGCCACGUUAUGCCUUCCUUUAGUUUCCCUCGUAACCAGGAAGUUUCUAACAAAAGAAUGAGUGGCCGUCACUCUGCCAAGUCUCCCCCAGACAGUUCUGUAGCCCGGAAACAGCCCGCUCAGGACCGGAAGUCUUCGGAGAGCCGCUCUGCAGAAACCGGCCGGGCCACGAGGAGGCCGCGCUGCACUGUGGAAGAGGGUUUUCAGAGAGAGGAAAGAGAGAAGUAUCAGAGGCUGUUGCAGCGACUUAAAGAAGGAUGCCAUGGAAACUGUCUCACUCCUGUCACUGCAAACCACCACGGUUCUCAUCGAUGUCAUGUGGAAGGAGUAAGGAAUGGUGGCUGGGGGGAAGACCAACACCUCGGGAUGAGAGCAGGUCAGCUUGUUCCAAAGCAAUACAGAGUUACUGAAUCAUGGGGACCUGUUCGGGUUAUGAGAAAUGAGAAGAGGCAUUUUAAGGCAAAAACAGAAGAAAAGAAAAGUGAACAGAAAUUAGAAAAUGAAAGUGGGAAGGGGCAGUCGCAGCCGUCGUCGGAGUCUGAUCUCUCAGAGGAAGUAUCAGCCAGACUUCGCUUGGGCAAUGGAAAUACGGCCAUGUUCAAGCGGAGACACUCUGGGCCCGAGAUGAAAGAACAGCAGGCUUCAGGCAAAGAGAAGGAAAAGAGCUCCGAGGAGUUUGCUGAGCUCACCGAGGAUAUGGAAAAAGAGGUUAAUAGUGCCCUAGGCUGUGGCCCCCAGGAUGAGAUCCUAAGCAGUGCUUUCAAAUUAAGAAUCACCAGAGGGGAUAUACAGACCUUGAAGAAUUAUCACUGGCUCAAUGAUGAGAUAAUUAAUUUUUACAUGAAUCUUCUGGUGGAGAGAAAUAAAAAGCAAGGCUUGCCAAGGCUUCAUGCCUUUAGCACCUUCUUUUACCCCAAACUGAAUGCCGGUGGUUACCAGUCAGUGAGAAGGUGGACCAAAGGAGUGGACCUCUUUGAGCAAGACAUUAUUUUGGUGCCCAUUCACCGCAGGGUGCACUGGAGCUUGGUGGUGAUAGAUGUGAGGAAGAAGGCUGUUCGGUACCUGGACUCCAUGGGGCAAAAGAGUCACCGUAUCUGUAACCUGAUGCUCCAAUAUCUACAAGAAGAAAGCAAGGCCAAAAGAAACAGAGAGUUAAUUCCUGCAGAGUGGAGUCUGGAGAGCGCCAAGCCCUACGAGAUUCCUCAGCAAACCAACGGGAGUGAUUGUGGAAUGUUUACUUGUAAAUAUGCAGAUUAUCUCUCUCAGGACAAGCCCAUCACCUUCACACAGAAUCAGAUGCCUCAUUUCCGGAAGAGGAUGGUGUGGGAAAUCCUUCAUCAGCAACUACUCUGAAAACACUCCCCUUGUUCCCUGCAGCUGCUUGGGACAUUCCCCCGAUGGUUCGAUUUACCUCAUGCCUCAUGAGUUAGAAAGUCCCAGCAUCACUUCGGCUGCUUUGCAGGUAGCAGGUCAAGGCCUGCGGGGAGGCAUCUGGAGCCUCAGCCUGGGGGUGCAGAAGAUUGAGCGCCCUCUUGUAACUCUGUGCCCUCUUGCAGAAUCCUCUGCCGGGCAAUCCCUAUGAAAACAAACACUAAUUUAAUGUGUGGUUAAAGGACAUUUUUUUUUUCUUCAAGAAUGUAGGAAUUGCAGGGUUUACUCUGUGUGUAUGUGUCCGUGUACGUGUAUAUCUAUCUAUCUAUAUAGAGUGUGUGUGCGUGCGUGUGCGUGUGUAUAUUUGUGUUCAAAAACUGGGUAGAGGCCAAAUCUGCCCACCCAAAUGAAACUCUAGAUUUACUUCUAUGAAUAUUUAUUUCUGAAAGGACUAUUCAUUGAGCCACUCCCUCCUGCUGGUUCUUGGGGUUAAUAACUAGGAGAGAAGGGAGGGGUGGAGGUUUUUAACUUAUACAUCAGUGGCUGCUACCUUGGAGCUAGAGGGAUCUCUCUUAAGGACGACUGAAAGAUUCAGACAGACAGACAGAUGUGCUUUGGUUCCAGCCCCCGGAGUUUAGGCGGCUGGGUGGGACAGCCCAGCGGCUGCUGGGCCCAGCGGGCAGGUCGGCGGGUCCCUCCCGCUACAGCUGAGUGUGAUUGCAGCUGCUCCUGCCUGUCAGUCCCAUCCCAUCCGGAACUCCUGCCUGCAUAGUCACUCACUUUCAGAACACUGACUUGCUUUUAUUAUGGAGACUUGGUUUUCCCUUUUCUGGAAAGGAAGAGACUUGGCUUAGCUCCUGUAACUGGAUUUGUAAUUACUGUGAACCCAAGAUUGUUACUGCUGUCUUUCAGCUGAUUGGGGUAAAGUCCCCCCGUUAUAAGAGAUGACAAGAAUUGUUUAUUUCAAGAGAGACUAUCCAAGGUAAAGCUAUUUUUCUCAAAGUUUCUUUUUUCUAUAUAAAACUAAAAUUAAGUUUUUUGUACUUAUUUGGAUCUUUUUUUUUUUUUUUUUUUUUCCUGAGCUGAAAUCUGUGAAAGAGCCUGUUACCGGGCUGAGGUUGUUGCUGAAUAAUCUAUUUUACAUACGAAAGUUUGUAUUUAACUUGUUUUUUUAAAUUUAAAAGCAUCCAGAUGUGCUGCUUCCGCUUUCUGAAGAUUUGAAGGAAUAUUUGUUGGUAUAAGGAAAGAUCAAAACCCAUUUUGCAGUAUCUAGUGCCUGGUAUGUGUCUUUCCCCGUGUAAUAAAAGGUUGCCUGGCCAAGAGCCCUGGUAAAUAUAUGCUGAAAUAGUUUUUUUUAUUUCCAGAACAGCUUGCUUUUUGGUGCCUAGAGAUAGAGAGGUCCCUCUGUGAUCUGGUGUGACCCAGUGAGGAAUCAGUGGCUCCCCGGGGCCCCACACCGCCCGGGGCCUCUCUCCUCUGUGAGGCCCCCAGGUAGGGGCGCGAGCACAGAGAGAGGCCCUGUGGUGGCAGUCGGGGGCCCACCCACGUUCCGGUUGCCCUUGUUUUCUGGGUCUCCCAUUUCUCUGGGCACAGACUGGGUACCUUUCCCCAGUUUGGUUGUUCCUAAGUAUCAAAAUCCAGGUCUCAACCGCUCAGCCUUUUUAGCCCCACUCCAAGUACAAAUUGCUUUAUUCUAAAUAUAUUUUUCAACUCUAAAUUUUAUUGAUGCACCCCCUGCCCCAUCCCCAAAGUGCCUCUCAGUGCCUGCAUCUGAUAGUGUAUAUACCAUUAUGUACCCGUGCUCACCCACCUCCAUAGAAGGCGGGCAGUGCAGCUCUUCCUUCAUCUGUUGUCCGGAACAGAACGGAACGCAGGGUCGAGAACGGUUCUCGGCCUCGGACUUGGCGUUCCUUCACUCAUCUGUGUUGUGGCGUGUCUGUUGCUUUGUUUCUGCUUAUUUUGUGAUGUCUCGGUUCCCAUUGAAUUGUUCAACCUCCACCAUUUCUCGUGACAGAAUAGUAUCCAUCUGUCGAACCAUUCCCUACCAAACGGCACACAUUGUGUUUCUAGUGUUUUUGCUACCAAAAAAGUGUUGCUGUGAGACUUGUGGUCAGCGAUGGGCCUUUUUUUCCCGCCCUGUUCUUGAUCCCUGGUCGGCAGGUGUGAGCAAUAUAGCGGAUGAGCUCGUGGGAAUUCCGGCUCGUUUCCCAGAAACAUUGGACUAGUUCACAGUGUGCCUGCCUCCCUAGAGCUCCCGCCAUCAAUUAUUUCUGUAUUUUGUCAUCUUUCAUAAUUUAUUGGGUUGGAGAUGAACUUCAAGGAUCGUUUUGUUGUGUAUUUCUUUUAUUACUGAUUUGGUGUAGUUUUUCUUAAGAUUUGCCCAGCCCUGUGGGUUUUUAAAAAUUCUCUUUAAUCACCCCAAGUUUCUCACAAAGAUUGAUUGAUGCCCUUCUCACACGUGCAGCCAGCCUCCUUUGUAACAAAGGGUUUACUGAUAGAUAGCAUGUGUGCCAUUCCACACUCAUAGGCCCCCCACUCUUUGGGGGGAGGCAGUUCUCAUUUCUGGAGUCAAGCUUGAUCAUUAUGUUUACACACUGUUCCAUUUGAUGUUCUUCCCAUUUACGUUGUUAGGAAUUAAUUCUGCUUACUUCAUCGUCAAUUCUUAGGAAGGUUUUUCUCGGAAUGCUUCUCUAUUUGCCUUUUCUUAUGCUGCAGUAACAGUCCAUUGUAUCGAUGCACCCGGGUUGGCCAUCUCCUGACUGACGCCCAUUCCCUGAUGUCACAGAACGUGCUGCUAUGAGAUUUUCCCCUUUGUCUUUGACUUCCUUGGGGCGCAUUUGCACUUGCCUAACAAGAUCUCCAGGUCUAGGGUGUGCACAAUUUCACCCCCCUGUAGUUCUAGAUUAAGGUUCCUUAAUGGUUGGACUGAUUCCAACCAACUCCCGUUAGCUUCUGAUGGGGGACUGUUGGUACACCUGGAAGGUCCCUUUCUCCUGCCCCAAGAGACCCUACCUCUCCUCCCUGCUUUCCUACCUCAUCUUUGCGACCUUCCCUUCUCCACUGUGCACUUUUCUACCCCUUCACCUCAGCCCUGUUCUUCCCUCUCUGUAGAGAGCCAGCUAUUUCAGAGAUAGUCAUUGGUGGAGGACAUUGGAUGGUCAUUGAAGAGAUUGGCAGUUGGGAUCUGGAGCUCGUUUUCCAGACAAAAAAGGAAAAAAGGAGCCGACUUCGGUCGAAACAGUGGCCCUGGUCCCCAAAUCUAGCCUAGCCGGACUAGUCUGCAAGCGGCUUUUGGGAGCUGGUCCGGGAACCUUGCCUUCCCCCCUCAGACCUCGUCCCCGUGGGCUUCAGUUGGCUGCCCAGCGAGCUCUUGGGGAACAGCAAGGUGGAGUUUGGAAGCCCUUUCCUCCCCCCCAUUCUUCAUGUAAGACCUAGGAGGAAGGGGAUGGAGGACUGGGGCCCCUUUGAGCAACAAUGCUACUGUCACUGAGGUGUGCAGUGUGAGGAGAUGCAGAGCAAAUUUGGGAGAUCAGAGAGGUACUUGGGAACUUGUAUUUUCAGGUCAUCUUCAUUUCCUUAAGUACCUUUCCCUUCACUGCUCCCCAGCCAUCUGUAAAGCUGAGAGUAAAACAGGUGGGGACGGGGAAAGCCCAGAAAAAUGUGUCUUCUACAAAGGCUGCUGGGAGAAAUUGCACUCUCCUCUUUGUGAAGGUUUGGGUUCCCACACCAACUUCCAGCAGCUGCUCUGCAGAACUAGCCUUAGUCCCCUCAGCCUUACCUCCAGCCCACCUCGGACACCCCCUGGGAUCCCCAGGCUCUUCUGUAAAUGUCGGUCAUCACGCCCACCUCCCAGGGUGGCUGUGAGGCUCUUGAGGCUCCUUUGUUCACAGACAUGAGGCCAUGUUGGCCUUGGGACAGUGUGGACAGGUGGAAGGGAGUGCGCUCUGUCUGGAAAGGCCUGCCCUCCAAUCCCUGCUUUGCUCCUUGCUCUUGCCAUAACCUUCCCCGGGUCCUCUGGUGUUUAAUGGAGGGGGUCUUUCUCAGUGACUUCAGCUCGGGGCCACAGUAAAUGGAGGCUGGACCGGGCUGGCGACUUGCACCUACCUCACAGGGUUCUUGGGAGGACUGAGUGAGCGCGUGGGCCGCACGUUUUGUCCACCCAAACGCGUUGUCCUCUAGGAGCCACGUCUGAGGCCCCGGCUUUCCCAGAGGCUGCCUCCUCCAGCCUUUCUGCCCUUCCUGGGCAGCCCCCCUUGAAUCCCUGGCCCAAGUUCCUUCCCAUAGCUGCCCUCAGCCUCAUCUUUGACCUCCUGCCUGGACCCUUGCCCCUGGGCCUCUCCCCACCCUCAUCUAGCCACCGUUAAGUGGUCUUCCAUUCAGGGCAAAGGCAGAGAUGCGGUUUGGCCUUUCCCAAGUCCACUUCAGCCCAGGGAGGCCGGCCUCCAUCUCUGGCUGGAAUGCUCCCUCUUCCUUCCGCCUGCUGCCCUCUGGCUUCCCUUGGUCCCAGCUAAAACCUCCAGUCCCCCUUUCCACCAGAAGCCUUCCCCGACGGCUCCCGCUUCCAGUGCCGGCUUAUCCCGGAUGACCGUGUUUGUCUGCACGUUGUCUCCCCCAUUAGAAUGUAAGCUUGGGGGGGGGGGAGAGGAGGAGGGACUGGCCGCUGUGUCCCUGGCGCUCGGCGAGGGCUCCAGCUCUCAGAGUGGCUGUUGGUCAGGGUCAGGGCUCUGCUUUACUCCACCCACUUGCUCCCCGCAACCCGCCCUCAAUCUCCCCUUCAUCUUCUCAGGGAUCGGGAGCAUUCCCCUCCAAACUACUCUGCCCUUCCUUCCGGGGGCGGCCCCGCCUGCGCUUAGGGAUCUCCCGGCCCACGGGGGAUCCCCAGACCCUCGUAUCCAUCAGCAACUGACCCGCCCUCGUCAGAAAAUUCGUUUCCAACAGUGUUUGUGGCUUCCCCUUCCUCGGCUGUUUCCCAACUUCCUGCCGCCAACUUCUCUUUCCUCCCCUGAAACUUCCUCCCGGUCACCCAUUACCUGAGGUGGGUUCUCGGGCUCCCCACCCCAGACUUUCCUGCAGCGUUUGUUCCUCAACUGUCUCUUCGCUGCACUUCCUCAGCCGCGUGGCAGAUUCGCACUCACCUGCCCGUCCCCGGGACUCUCCAGCCCCUGGCCCUGCCCACCGCCAUGCCGGGCGUGGGCUCAGGGCACUUUCUUACUCUGGUCUUUGUGAAUGUGCAAUAAUGAGGGCUGGGGGCUCCUCCCGGCCCUGCCCCUCCUAGGCUUCCAAGCUGGAAACCUGUCAACCCUUGACCUUUCCUAUCCAACCAGGUGUGGGAUACCCCCCAACCACCUGGACUAUCUAUCAGGGCCCAUCCGAUGCCUUCGGGAUGCUCGCGAGCCCUUCAGUGCCUUCUCGGGGCUGCCUCUGGCCCGCUUCUGCUCCCUCCUCCUCCCCCACCCCUUCUGCUUUUCCUUGGGCUGGGCUCCCCUUUACUGUCCCGCUCCCCCCAGCGGCUCUUCCUCCAUACUCUGCCUCUGCCCGCCCCCCCCCUUCGUGACAUCAUUCCCCUCAUCCUGCCUGCCAGCUCCCGCUCGAGACUCCUCCCCUCCUCGAACCCUUCUCCCGGGGCCUCGAUCAUCUUUGGCGCCCCUUCCCGGGUUUGGGGGACUCUUAUUCUGACUCCCCAAGUCUUGCCCCUUUCUCUACUAUCUGUGACCUCAUCAGUUCCUACAGCUUUGUUAUCAGCCCUCCCAGAGGGGUCCCCUCCUUGUAUUCUCCCCUCGUGGCACCUUCAAGCCCCCGUAUUCACAGCUCCUUGCUCAUCCCGCGUGACUAAACACCUGCCGGACCUUGUAGUUGCUAUAGCACCUCCGGACUCCGCCAUUAGCUCAAUCCAGGCCCUUGUUCCUUCUCACUUGAACCCUACCUGACUCCACCCUCAGCUUUCAAGGGGCUUUGGGGCUGACCACGUCACCCCAAACUCCAGGGACCCCCCCAUCGUUCAUUUGAUCAGUCGUGUCUAACUCAUGAACCCCGUGUUCGAGGCCACGGAGUCUUCUCGGCAAAGGUACUAGAGCCAUUUAAUGCUUCCUUCUCUGUCAAGUAGUCAGAGCUGAAGUGAUUGGACACCCCUAGAAGUGUCUGGGGGCAUCCUUCGUGUCACCCGUCCCCGCACCCUCAGACCCGCCGGCCUCUGCUCUGUUGUGUCCGGUCCCUUCUGAGGGCGCCCGUGUCUUCCCUACUAGAAUGUAAGCUCCCGGAGGGCGAGGACUGUCCAUGUCAGCACCAGCACCGGCCUGUGCGCCUGGCACAUAGUAAGCACUUAAUAAAUAAACGAUUGUUGACUGUU